ACGAUCUAGAAAAAGAGACACCAUAUAUUAAUGACAUAUUAAACUCAAACACCUACAACGACUGGCAUAAAAUAAAAGAUAAAUACGAAAACAGAAUUGACUUUAUACCGAGACACUUAAGGAAUAAAGUUAUCAAAUACAUAGAUAUUAUCUGUUUCACACCAAUAUACUACGAGAUAUACAACCCAAACGACCAACUGUUAAACAAAAGAAAAUUAUUGAUGAACCAAGAACAACUUGAAGAAUUACAAAAUAUAAAUCACGGAAUAAUAGAAUUUACUACCUUCAUAGAAGAAAUAAAAAAUCGAUUAAAAUUCCUGGAAGAAAGAAUACGAAUAUCAGAAACACUAUUUGAAGAAGAAUUCUAUACGACAGAAAGGAUACGAGAAAAUUUAGGAUUCGAAUACGUGAGAACAAUCGAAUCACGGAACAACAGAAACGUGGGACAAAACCAAAAAGCAAUCUUAGCAAGAUUACAAUUUCAAAUAUUCCAACAAAUAGAACCUGCAGAAGAAAGAAAUACUAAAGAACAAUUAGUAACAAACCUAAAAAGAAAGACAGGAUUCAUGGAACAUAAUACUAACAUCAAGAUGAACCAACCAGAAGAAUAUAAAUUCGUAUCCACUCAAACCCAAGAAAAACUAAUGAAAACAGUAUUAGGAGAAGAAAGAUAUAACAAUGAAUUGGACAAGAAAAAGUUUUUAAUCGAAUUACCAACACUAAUGACUCAGGAACAGAUUAAAGAAUUUUGGAAUGAAGAUAUUAAUAUAGAACCAACAAUUAGAAAAAUGGAACCAACGAGAACAACAUACCAAAGUAAAACGAUUUCAAAAUUACUACGAAGAAGAGCGAAAACGGAAUUGAUGAUACCCAUCAGUAAAAUAUAUAAACCGUUACCAAAAUAUCAAGAACUAAUCCAAAGACUUGACUUAAAAAUCAAUGCCAAAAUCAUCAUAACAACAGGAGCCGUAGCUGCUGGAAAAACAACAUUUACAAAAAACCUUGAACGAUAUCUUGAAGAAAAACACCAAAAAAUAAUUAGAGUAGAAGGAUUACCAGAUGAAAUAUCCGAAUCGCUAGCUUUGAUGAACAAGAAUAAAGAAAAAUAUGCGUUUACACGACAAAUGUGCAUACUUGAGGAAUACCAGAAAAAAUGGUAUCAACUAAAAAUGAUAACAGAAAUUGACAAAUCAACUUAUAUCCUUAUGGAUCGAACAUUCAUGGAUACCAUCAUCUUUGAGAACAUCUACAUCGAAAAUCCCGAAGAGAGGAAAAUUCUUGAAAACAUUCGACAACAAUUAAAAGAAGCAUUAUUCUCGAGUAACCCACUAGUAAUUUAUUGCAAACCAAAACUUGAAAAAUUACUAGAAAGACAUCUCAAAAGAAAAGAAGAACAAAACCUAACUAAAGAUAAUGUCAAUACAAAAUAUCUCGAAGAAAUAUACCAUUCUUAUGAAAAAAAUAUUUUGGAAGCAUAUCCAACUUAUAUUGAAAUCAAUAAUAAUCACGAAAAUCUAAAUGACAUGAUUAGAACCAUAAUUUCAGAAAGACCAACUAUUGGAAACUACAAACAAUUGGAAGAAGUUGACCAAUUACCAAAAGAAAUUAGCAUAAAGGAACACAGAAGAUAUACUGUGAUAAUACUAUAUAUCAUGGAAAAAAUAGGAAAGGGCGAUAUAAUAGGACCAAAAAUCCUAGCAGCACAAAGAACAGACCAAUGCAAAAUAUACCCGAACCAAUGGUCAUGCUUCGGAGGAAAAGUAGAACCAAAUGAAACAUACUUUGAAGGAAUUGUACGCGAAGCACAGGAAGAACUGAACCUAAAAAUAGAUCAAUCACGAAUGCAACUUAUCAUGAUACAUAAUUAUCAUUCACAUAAUCAAAGUGGAACAAAACCAUUAUAUAAUCAUGAAACCGAAACUGUACUCGAAACAAAUAGAGUAACCAUACCAAUUUGGCUAUAUCAUUUAACUGGAAGGGAGAAAAACUCUAUCAGGAACAAGGAACCGGAUAUCCAAACAAAUUUCAGAUACUUAUCACAAAAAGAAGUGCAACACUUAUGCUUUACGCCAACGAUCCACAUGAAUAAACAAAAACUAUUUGAAUUACUAAUACCAUAUUAUGAAAAUGAAUAUAUUACUAAAAAAGGAAAGAUCACAUACGACCCACAUAGAUUAGACCAAAAAAGGGAAUACGCCAAAGAAAAACCCUUACGCCAAAAUCAAAAGUAUACAAAAUAA